ACCAAAAUGAAUCUCCUCCCACCGAAGACUGGUUGAAGUAGAAAACAAUAACUCCAUCAUGUAUUCGACCAUUCACACCCAAGGCGACGCAGUGAUCAACGGCACGCUCACAGCUAUUCGCGACAUAAACAUAACCAAAACCUUCACAGACCACAUCACAACAAUCCGAUCAUUAGCGCGUGCCUUCCAUCAUUCCUUCUUCACCUCCGACCUAUCCAAACAAGUCCAAAACGAGCUCUCUCCUCGUAGCCCUCGACACCACCAAGGAGAACCUGGAAGAUACCAACUCGAGCGACACGUCCCUUUUAGAGCUCGACAGAGAACCGCCGAACUGUCACUUGACACUACUAGAUCUGCAAAUCCAAGAAACAUUUUGAAAAUGUCGGACCAGACACCCAGAUCCUCGCAAGCACAUGUCGAGCAGCUGUUGAGGGUAUUAAUCAACGAAAUCUAUUCCGGUAGACGCGAAGGAUCGGUUGUUUCAAAUGACUCGCUCUCGAUGAAUGGAAGGGAGGCCUGGCGGCAACUGCGCAAAGGGCUGGAAAGCGUGGGAAUUAACCACGAAGCUUUAACUCAGGGUCGGUAUUUUAUCCUGUCAACGCUCAAGAAAGCUAUCUUUCAGGAAGGCCUUGGAGAAGAUGAGUUCCAGGUAUCUGCUCUCACAAAUGGGUUGCGCAUCUAGUUAACCAAUAUCGCAGAAAGCUGCCCCUUGGCACGAAGGACAAGCAAUAGAAGACCUAAUUCAAUAAUACCAACAUAGAUAACAAAGCACACCCGAUUACCAAUAUGCUGGAUUAAACGAUCGGCUACGAGAAUGACCUUACUUAUUGUGCUGCAAACGGAGACUUGGACCUGGUCAAGCAGCAACGUUAUUAUCCAUCAAGGUGCUUUUCAUGGUUCGCUAACAAGCAAAGGCAUGAUGUCAACAAGAUUAGUAUCGAUCUCACCACAUCUCUUCAAGAUCAUACUCUUUAUGUUCAAUUUUGAAACCAACAUUGAUCCUGUUGACUUCCAUAUAUGACUGGACUACAGUUAUGCAGCCAGCAUCCAUUGACUAUGGCCAAC